CUCUUCUUUCUAUCGUCAUGACAACUCCUCUUUCUCCCAAUGAAAAACCCUUCUCUAUUUCUCAAAUCAAAGUGUACAUUCCUAUCACGCUUGAUAUGAACAAACUAAACUACCAAGCAUGGCGUGAGCUCUUUGAGACUCAUUGCACAUGUUUCGGUGUUCUUGGUCACAUCGACGGCACCUCGUCCUCAACACCCAAGACUGCCAAAACCUGGACCGAACAUGAUGGAUUGGUCAAGAUGUGGAUCUAUGGUACCAUAUCCGAAUCAAUACUCGAUACGGUUCUUACCACUAAGGCGACGGCUCGCGAUCUCGGGCUCACGAUCGAAAGCCUCUUCCGGGACAACAAGGCGGCAAGAGCUCUUGAACUAGAGAGUGAGCUUCGAACCAUCGUGAUCGGUGACCUCACCGUUCAUGCCUAUUGCCAGAAGCUCAAAUCAAUCUCCGAUCUCUUGGCCAACCUUGACUCUCCUGUUACGGAUCAAGCUCUCGUCCUCCAUCUCCUCAAUGGCCUCUCUGACAAGUUUGAUAACAUCAUUAAUGUUAUCAAACACAAAACCCCUUUCCCUGGUUUUCUCGAGGCACGUUCGAUGUUGACAAUGGAAGAAAAACGCCUCUCCAAACAGAUCUCACCCACCUCCAUCACCACCUCCUCUGCGCCUGCUCUGCUCUACACGACUUCCGAUCCACAACAACAGUCUCUCUCCUCCACCAAUAACAACACCGGCGGUUUUAACACCAACAACGGCGGAUCUCACAACAACAACUCCGGCGGAUCUCACAACAACAACUCCGGCGGCUACUACACUAACAAUCGCGGCCGUGGUCGUGGACGUAGCCGUGGUCGCGGUCGCGGUCGUUUCGGGAACAACUGGCAACAGUCGUAUUUCUCUCCACCGUGGCAUUUCGGCAACUCUCCGUGGACGCAGUCGUACUUCUCUUCUCCCUCUCCACUGGUCUAUCCUUCUUCCCCACAACUAAUGGGCUCAAAUCCACACUAUCAGGCCCAACAACAAAGAUUUGCCCAACCAGGCCUCAUUGGUCCUCCUCCUACCAGGCCCCCUCACGAGGCUCAUUUAGCUCACGAUCAGUCCUCAUUCUCGCCGUACCUACCCGCCAACAUCACUCAAGCCUUUAACACCAUGUCACUUGCUGAUCCUUACAACUCUCCUUGGAUCAUGGAUUCCGGCGCAACAAAUCACAUAACGUCUCACCCAGGUGGGCUGACGUGGAAGAAGAUUAUGGAAGUCAUGAUAAGAAGCGUGAGAAGGAAGGAAGAAGAAGAUCAAGAUAUACACGAAGAUAUUGAGGGUAUAUUUGAUCGAGAGAGUUAAGAGAGAAUAUUUUUUAG